AUAUCUCUGUCGACUCAAAUUGCAUUUGAUUUCUCAGAGAAAUUGCAACAAAAUGCCGGCGGGUCACGGAUUGAGGUCGCGCACCAGAGAUUCCUUCUCCCGCGCCUUCAGGAAGAAAGGUCCUACCCAUCUCACCACCUACCUUCGGAUCUUCAAAAUCGGCGAUUAUGUCGACGUCAAGGUUAACGGAUCUAUCCACAAGGGUAUGCCGCACAAGUUUUACCAUGGCCGCACCGGUCGCGUCUGGAACGUCACCAAGCGCGCUGUCGGCGUCGAAGUCAACAAACAGGUUGGGAACAGGAUCAUCCGGAAGAGGAUUCAUGUUCGCGUGGAGCACGUCCAACCCUCGAGGUGCCAUGAGGAGAUCCAAGAGAGGAUAAAGAAGAACGACAAAUUGAAGGCUGAGGCGAAGGCUCAGGGCAAAAUCAUCAGCACCAAGAGACAGCCGGAGGGACCCAAGCCCGGUUUCAUGGUCGAGGGUGCUACGCUAGAGACCGUCACUCCCAUUCCAUACGAUGUCGUUAACGAUCUCAAGGGUGGUUACUAAGCCUAAGCCUCACCAUGUUUUGUUACUAAACUUGUGUGCUCUUUUUUCUUUAAGACCAAUUUUGGCUUGCAUUCCUCUUAAACUGGGAUUUUGAUGUCUGAAUUUAUUUUUCUUCAUAUUUAUACUCUGUUUUCUUUAA